AGAGCCUGGGGCUCCGGCGCACCUGUGCGGCAGGCGGGGGACCCGGGUCCUCGGGGACGGCGACCCCCGGGCCGGGGCGGGGUGCGGAGGGGGGCCCGGCCGCCAUGACGUGGAGCGCCACGGCCCGCGGCGCCCACCAGCCGGACAACACGGCGUUCACGCAGCAGCGCCUCCCCGCGUGGCAGCCGCUGCUGUCGGCCAGCAUCACGCUGCCGCUCUUCUUCUGCGCCGGCCUGGCCUUCAUCGGCCUGGGCCUGGGCCUCUACUACUCCUCCAACGGCAUCGUGGAGCUGGAGCACGACUACACGGGCGACGCGGGCUCGGGCAACUGCUCCGUGUGCGCCGCCGCGGGCCAGGGCCGCGCGCCGCCGCCGCCCUGCUCGUGCGCCUGGUACUUCUCGCUGCACGAGCUCUUCCCGGGGCCCGUGUACCUCUACUACGAGCUGUCCGGCUUCUACCAGAACAACCGGCGCUACGGCGUGUCCCGCGACGACGCGCAGCUGAGCGGGCUGCCGAGCGCGCUGCGCCAGCCGGCCAACGAGUGCGCCCCGUACCAGCGCAGCGCCGCCGGGCUGCCCAUCGCGCCCUGCGGCGCCAUCGCCAACAGCCUCUUCAACGACACCUUCUCGCUGUGGCACCAGCGCCAGCCGGCCGGGCCCUACGUCGAGGUGCCGCUGGACCGCGCCGCCAUCGCCUGGUGGACCGACUACCACGUCAAGUUCCGCAACCCGCCGCUGGUGAACGGCAGCCUGGCGCUGGCCUUCCGCGGCACGGCGCCGCCGCCCAACUGGCGCCGGCCGGUCUACGAGCUGAGCGCGGACCCCAACAACACGGGCUUCGUCAACCAGGACUUCGUGGUGUGGAUGCGCACGGCGGCGCUGCCCACCUUCCGCAAGCUGUACGCGCGCAUCCGCCAGGGCGACUACGCGGCGGGGCUGCCCCGCGGCGCCUACCGCGUCAACAUCUCCUACAACUACCCGGUGCGCGCCUUCGGCGGCCACAAGCUGCUCAUCUUCAGCAACAUCUCGUGGAUGGGCGGCAAGAACCCCUUCCUGGGCAUCGCCUACCUGGUGGUCGGCGCCCUCUGUAUCCUCGUGGGCUUCGCCAUGCUGCUCGUGUACAUUCGCUACCAGGACCAGACGGACGACGACGACGACGACGAGUGAUGGCUGGCCCCAGGGACGCCCCCGGGACCUCGAGCACGGCGUGGGAGGAGGGCACGGGGAGGACCCCCCUGUGCCUGAGGGGGGGGGGCGCUGGGUGCACCUGCGGAGCGGAGACACAGCCUUGCCACUUCCCCACCUCCAUCGCCGCCUCUCCAGCUGACGUGUGGGCAGCCUUGAAGAGCUCCAGGGACAGUCGGGUCUCCCAUCCGACUGCCUGCCGCGUGGAGGGACUGAGAGACCCGGCCGUGUUUAAGUAACUCGUGGUGGAUCAGGGGGAGAGCGCUUUGGGAGCUUUUGGGAGGGUGGCGUGGUGGGUGUGGGGGUUGGGGUAGAGGGCCAGGUCCACGCAGCCCCUGCAGAGACACGGAGAGGGGGAUACUCCAGGGUACUCAGAAGAGAUCGUGGGAAAAUGACAUGAAAAGAUAAGGUUGUUUUGGUGCCCAUGCCCAGAGUGGUCUUCCAAGCGCUCAUGGAUUUCAAACGAUGUUUGGCACUAAAGGAAGCUUACCUUUUAAUUCCGUUCUCCACGAACGCUUUUGAAGUCCCCUAGUACUUGCUAGAAAUGCUAAGUAGAUGGGGAGGCACCAGCAGCGGUGGAGACUCUGACCCGGCCAGGCUCCGCGGGGAGACCCUGGAGGGGCAUUAUUAGAGGCUCCCCUGCGGAGGCCUCUGCUCCCUCAGACUGGGAAUCCCGUCCCUGCCUGCGUAGGGCCUGAAGCAGUCUCCCGAGUUUGGUUUCUUCAGGACAGUGACGGUCAUAAUACUGCAGAUUAGGUUUAGCAAUGGCUUGACUAGAGAGAGGCCCCUGCCCCAUGGUUUCUGGAAUGAAUGGGGGAAGAAUGCUCUCUAGAAGUAGCUGGGGUUCAGAUUUGCAGGCCAAGGAAAUUCGUUGGAUAUUUGAGUGCAAAAGUUAAACUUUGCAGGUACAGUGUGGAAACUUGACGCUGCUGGGCCAGUCUGUGGGGCUCUGGGGGCUGUCUGAACCUUCGAAUCAGGUAACUGGGAGGGAUCUUAGUGGGAAAGUAUCAAAAGUCACAUGUAUGUCGUCUGACUCCUGGCUCACCCCUCUUUCUCAUCUGCUUUUUUUUUUUUUUAAGCCUGGAGAGAAAGAAUUUCAUUAAUACCUUCUUCCUUGGAUCUGGGAAAAAAAAAAAAAAGCUGAAACUUUAGAAUGCAUGUCCUCAAAUGAAACAUUUGUGUCUAGUAAUCCUGUUUGAAUGAAUGGUAAGGG